AUGGUUCCCAGCUGUUUCUUUGUGGCCAUGCUGGCCCCUCUGGUGUUAGCCCUGGAACAGUCUCCAGACAUGGUGAUAAAAGAAGGCCAGUCCGUUAAACUGGAAUGUUCCAAGAUGAAAUCCAUCAGCACAGCAAUGGCCUGGUUCUUGCUGCCUUCAGAGAAGAAUUCCAGUAUGACCCAGAUGGUUUAUGCAUAUGAAGGCUCUACCGCAGCAGUGGAGAAGGGUUUUGAGGGCCAUUUCAAGAGCAGUGACAUCAAAGGAGACAGCAUCACCCUCUCAAUAGACCAUGCCUUUCUCAAUGACUCUGGCACAUACUACUGUGCUGAGAGUGAACACAGUGGUGAAGCUGCUGAGGGAGCUGAGCACAAACUGCUCCCUGCACAUACAGGACCUGCUUUCCACCUCAUGGGCUGGGCCCUUCAGCAAUCACCAGACACAGUUGUCCGGGUAGGAGACACCGUGACUCUGGAAUGUUCUGCAUCAGGGAAACUUUUCAUAAACUUGUACUGGUACAAGUUACCCAUGGAGAAGGAUGCCAGAUUGCAGCUGGUUGUGUAUUCAUUGGAAGGUGGCAAAGCUGAUAUUGAGAAGGAAUUCCAAAAUCGCUUCCAGAGUAAUGGCACUAAGAACAACCAUUUAUCUGUGAAGAUUCAGCAUGCCCUACUCAAUGACACAGGCACAUAUUUCUGUGCUGAACAAGAUCCACAGUGA